CUUUGUAACCUCGCGGCACUUUUCCUUACUUCUAGCUCAGGAAUCUACACUACCUAUUGCGUUCUGCAAGUGACGCUGUGUUUUAAUUUUUUUCAAUUUUGUUUUCUUUUGCUAGUCUUUUCAGGAUCUAAUACUCUGUACAAUCAUUCUAUUUGUAUCAUGAAAAUGUUUUCAUUUUUUUCUUAUUGGGUGGAGAGUAUUAGCUGCCCUCUGCAGCAAUGCUAAAUAUGUUUGGCCGUAAGCUGAUGCAAGACAGACACUCUUGCCUACAGCUUCACACAUACAAAACUCACUCAAUGUGUCUUCCUUUGUCUCGCCAUCCCCAAGUAUCAAUUGACUAGGGACGGAGACCGCCGCAGGGGUAAAGUCUAGCCGUUAAGGUAUGAAGGUUGCCCUGCUACCCCAUGAGACUCCAAACUACUUUGACUUUUCUAAGUGGGGUCGCAGGGUAACGAGGACUUGGGCAAAAUGAACGAUCGAUAAUCGGUAAAGUGCGCUAGGAAGGGGCCAGUCAAUACUCUCAACAUUCACAUACAGAUCCUCUCUUCUUAAUUUGCAUUCAACAAUACAAAAUAAGAUUGCAAACUAGCUGCAACACACUUAUACUAUACACCCACAACUUUUUCAAAAACUAAAACAAUACUUUGUUGACCUUCUCAAUGGCCUCUAUGAUAUCUCUGACUUUAAAUUAAAUUCCAUUCUUUUCUUGUUCACAUAACCAUACCACAAAACCUGAUUUGCUUUGCAUCUCCUCACUAGGCAUUUUCACUCUUCUUAAUUUUUCAAGCAGCACCUGUUCUCUUUAUCAAUAGUGCUAGAAAUGUUGUUUACUCAAUAUUUAAAACCCACACCUCCUCUUAAGUUUUCUACCUAUGCAACCCACAUCUCCCUUCCUUGGCCACGCAACUUUCUCUAACCUGCCCCACUUCGUAGCCUAACUUGCAAUGAUACUUAAAUAAUUUUGUAAUCUUUCAAAGGUGUCUUUAGACUUUCCACUUCACAAUUCUCUCUCAAACUAUUCUACUUCUAAUUGCGCAGGUAUGUCCAUUUGUACUCUUAUUUCAUCAGAAGUUGAAUUUUCUGUCAAAUGGCAUUUGCUUGAAAGUUAGAAAGACUUAUGCCUUGCUGGAAAUAUGUACCCUGCUCCAAAUCUGAUGAAGGUUGCGGAAUUUGGCUCUACACCUUUCAAUUUCAAUUGCUUGAAAGUCUAUAAAGACUCUCCUACAAAUCUAUUCUACGCAUAUCCUUCAGUCUUUGUAAUCUUUGAGGCAUUCUGUCAAACAGUUUACCAUGCCCUUUCUAUGCUUCCACAUUUUGCAUACUACAGGUUGCACGGGCGUUGACAAGGGUUAUGGUUUUUAGCUUUGCACUUGCCAAUUUAUUUGCUUGAAAAGUCUCUUCCAUAAAUCCAUUUUGUGCAUAGUUUACAAUCAUUGUAGUCUGUGGGACAACAUUUUGUCAAACAGUCUAUGUGCCUUGUCUGUGUUCCCACAUUUUACUUCAUUCAACAAAUUGUGUGAUAAGAUCCACGUGCCUCUUCUAUUUAGACUGAUGUAAAUUGACAGAAAGAUGCCAAUGAGACCAAGAAACACAAAAACUAAACCAAAACUGAGAAAACAACCAAAUUGGAAACAGAUUAUUUUUUUGGUGGUGCUGAUUGCUCGUCCGCCAGCGUGCCCCUGCACCAGAAGCCUUUCCUGUAGUGGUGUGAGUUACACCUGCCUUUCCAUAUGAAUUGUUUGAGGAGCACUGUUUUAAGCUAGCUAUAACUAGCAUGGAUACUUUGUGUAGAUUUUUUCCAGCAAUAGGUUCAAAUACUUAUCAAAGGCUUAAUUUUUUUCUGUUUGUGGCUAAUAUUUGGCAAUAUGGAGUUAUUCUGUUAUUACAGUAGCAUGUAAAUCUCUAUACCUACUGCUAGGAUGUUUUAUUGUAGUAUAACAGCUUGUUUGUAAGCUCUAGUUACUCAAAAAUAAGCAUGACUAAAUUUUGAUUUGGGUUAUGUGAUUCAAAACAGAUUUCACCAGGAUUUUUAUAUGUACAUUUAACAAAUUUUUAAAUUUUUCAUAUGUACAGCUUCAGCCCGAAAAGCAUAAGUAUGUUCAUAAAUGUUACCUUAGCAUUUCUAAUAAUAUUCGUAUGAUGCUUUAUAAGAUGCAUUUAGGCCAAAGUCAAACAGUAGACUGCACAAGUGACCUAUCGCAUGACAUGUUUUCUAAACUAGUUAAAGCUUGAUGUCUACUGAAUGAUAUGUAAUAAUAGCAUUAAAUCACAUAGCUAAAUAAUAGUCUGCCAAUGUACACACCACUAAACUUAAUUUAGUCAGCCUUUGAAUUCCAUAUCAGCAACUUUUAGCUUUAUAUACAUUUCAACCAAGAGAAGUCUAGAUUUUAUUUUAGGAAUAUGUACUGGCCAUUUUCUCUUGGUGGCUGUCUUGUCUAUUGCUUGUGUGAGUGCAUGCAAAUCAAGAUGUCCAUAGAGUGGAGGUUUUGUGGUCACUUGUGCAAUUAUUGCAGCCUACCUCCAAGAAUAGAUCAGUAACACGUAUUCAGCCUGUUUCACUCAGGUCUAAGGGCAUUGAAAGUAAUUCUCAAUCAUACCAUAUGCUCUAGCAAUUUCUGCAGCACUCCUUUGACAUAUUUGACACAUGAAGCAGUACUUAUGAUUUAUUAGAUUCUGUUUAGGUGCUAGUCUAGCAGUUUAGAAAAUGAGAAGAUUCUCUGUAGAAGUUACAUGGAUUCUGUUUUCAUGUUGAAUUAAAAAUGGUGCUUCUAUUGAAAAGAAUAACACUCUUGAUUGAAACUUUUGUUUUACUUGUAGCAUGUUUGUGGUUGUUGUUAUUAAAUUGUCAUUCUGGGCAAAGUCGGGUAAUGUUCAUGUUCAUAGAAUUAUUUGUCUUCAUUUGUACGGUCCAUUAAUAAAUAGGAUAUCAUUUGAAUGACUAAAACAGUCAUUGUAUUGGCCCCCUAUGGAAUGUCCUCAACCAAAUAUUUAUCAGUAAUUUCAGAUCUAAAAAUAAACUAGCUUUCUGAUGUCAUAUGAAUGAAAUCCUAAAUUAUUUUUUUAUCGUUUUUGUAGCCAUUUCAAUCUAAACAAUCUCUCAGGCACCAUGUUCUAUCCAAACUCUUCAGCGAGAAUAUGAAUUUGCUUCAUGUGUGAGUGAAAUGCAUUAGUACUUAUAUGUCAUAACCUUCAGCAUGUCAUCUACAAACUAUUUGACAGGAAUGAGUUUGAAGGACAGAUCCCCUCUACUUUGGGACAGUCAUAACCAGUUUGACUGUUGUGAGGCUUGACAGAAACCAGAUAACAUGUUCAAUUCCCUCCAACAUCAGCAACCUAGCAAGCCUUGAAGAACUGAUGGAAGACUGGAAAUCUUUUGAGAAUACUAUUCAGCCGGGAUGGAAAGCUGCUCUGAGCACUACCAUUGGAUUCAUCUGGUUUUUUGUGCUCAUGGUAUAUGGAAUAAGUUUUUGAAGAUAAUACACAAAAAUCGGGCAACAAAUGCUAAGAAAAGCAUUGAACAACAAGCUAGUUUGACAGAGAUUUUAUUGAUUGAUGCAACAAGUUUUUCAACAAAUAGAAAUAAGCAAUACCUUGCCAUUGACUACCUGAAAUAUCCAUUUCCAUUUAUGACAGCAGAUGCUGAAAAGGCAGCUGCAAGAACAUAUGAUUACAUUGUGGUUGGAGGAGGUACAGCGGGUUGUCCUCUGGCAGCAACACUGUCACAGCACUAUUCUGUUUUGCUAUUGGAGAGGGGAGACUCCCCCUAUGGAAAUCCCGACACUGCAGACGUAAAAGGGCUUUUAAAGAUUCUUGGGGAUCCCACUAAAUACCCUUUUGUAACUGAAGGAUUUGUCUCAGAGGAUGGAGUGCAGUUGCUAAGGGGAAGAGUUCUGGGAGGUGGAACAGCCAUUAAUGGUGGCUUCUACAGCAGGGCAAGCACCGAAUUCAUUCGAAAGAUGGAGUGGGAUGAGAAACUUGUUAAUGAUUCGUAUGAAUGGGUGGAGGAGGUUGUUGCCUUCAAACCAGACAAGCUUUCUCGUUGGAAUUCUGCUGUCCGUAAUGCACUUUUGGAAGCUGGAGUGCUUCCUUAUCAUGGGUAUACUGUGGAUCAUUUUGAAGGCACCAAGAUUAGCGCUUCAACUUUUGACAACGAUGGAAGGAGACACACAGCUGCAGAUCUUCUUCAAUAUGCAAAUCCUGAUAACAUUGUAGUUCUUCUCAAUGCCACAGCCAGCAAAAUCCUCUUCGAUUCCUCAUCAGGAAAAUUAAAGGCUAUUGGUGUGGAGUUUGUGAGUACCAUUGAUGGUCUUUUUCAUCAAGUGUUCACCAACCACUUAUCACCUUGGAGUGAGGUAAUUUUGUCGGCAGGAAGCAUAGGUAGUCCUCAACUUCUCAUGCUAAGUGGAAUUGGUCCCUCAAAACAACUUCAAGAAUUGAAUAUCACUGUACAUUUAGAUUUAAACUCAGUGGGGAAAGAAAUUCAAGAUCCACCACGCAUAACAAUCAUUAUCAAGUCCCCUGAACCACUUGAAACUGUUCAACCGCAAGUAGUGGGUAUAUUAGAGAAUUCACAAGUCUAUUUUGAGUCAUUUAGCUUCUUUCAACAAGAAAGUGCCACUAAAAAUCAGUAUCUAGCAUGCAUAUUUUGCAAGAUAGCUUUACCCCUAUCUAGGGGUGAGAUUAGACUAAGAAGUAAAAAUCCACAAGAUAUCCCCUCUAUAAGAUAUAACUACUUUUCUCAUGUUUCUGACUUACAAGAAUGUCUUGAUACUAUUAAGAUGUUGUCAAAGAUUGUAAGGACACAUUCUAUUCAAGAGUUUGCAUUUGGAGGUAAUGGAAACUCCAAAAUUCUUCAAUUCAUAGGACCAAAAUUACCACAAAAUCAACUAGACAAUAAAGAAUUAGAAUUUUUUUGUAGAGAUACAGUAGCAACAUUUUGGCAUUACAGUGGAGGAUGUGAAGUUGAUUCGGUGAUAGACCAAAACCUUCACGUGAAAGGAAUUAAUAGCCUAAGGGUUGUGGACAAUUCAAUCUUCAAGGAAAGUCCUGGGACAUAUCCACAAGCAACUCUCAUGAUGCUUGGAAGGUAUGUAGGAGACAAAAUGCUUCAAGAGCGCAAAAAUAUUUGUGAAUAUUAGACCAUUUCCAUGUUUCAAAAACAAAUGCUAUCACCAAGUUGUACAAUAUCUAUACUAUUAUGAUAAUAAGGCCUAAAAUAAAAAAUGUAUUAGGCCUUAGUAUUACAUUAGGUUCAUAUUCUUUCUAGGUGACCUAUAUUUUAUUUUAUAUUAUUUAUUCAAUAUGCAUGGGAUAGUAUAGAUUUUCUUUAAUAAGGCUUGAUGUAAUAUAAUGACUUACUUCAUUAAA